CAAAUUUUUGAGGGAGAUAAACAAAUCGCAGAAGAAAUAUAUAUAUAUAUAUAUAUAGGUAUCCAUUUCCAGAAAAUUACCUAAAAGCAAGUGACUACUGUAUAGUAGUCUUGAGUGAUCAUCAACACUAAAACUCCUAUAAAUGUCGAGAAAAAUAGCUUGACAAGAAGAGAGAGAGAGAGAGAGAGAGAGAGAAGGGGGAAAAGAAUAUACAGUUUUUUUGCAGAGAAGUCUAGUUGUUAUAGAGAGAGAGAGAGAUCAGAGAUUUUAGAGAGAGAGUAUUUGUUUAUGGGUUUUGUUGUGGGGGGGAACCGCGUAUCUGCGAAAAUCCUUGAAAUUCGAUUCAUUUGCUUUAGAAAGUAAAGUAAAUAAAUCAAAUAUUAUCUGUCCGAUUAAAAAAUUGCAGGCACAAGUUUGAGAGUUGCGAUUGAUCCAACCAACAAAGCCAUAUAACAGUACAAUGUACCCAGAAACAGCUUGAAGAUGAAGUGGGAAAGAGGGGAAGAAGAAAGGGAGAGAGAAAAGAGGGAGGCAGAGGAAGCUUUGUUUUGAUGGGUUUGAAGACUCAAAGCCACCACUUGGUGGCUGUGAAGUUGAAUGAGCAAUUGGGCACAAAGAGGAAGUACACAUUUAUCAAUAGAGCUUGGCUCCCAAAAAUUCUGCUGCUUUGGAUCUUGUUUGUGGCCUUUGUGAGCAGAUUAAUCUACAAUAGAAUGGAUGCUGAUAAUAAGGUGAGAAGGAAGGAAGUGCUCGUGAGCAUGUGUGAUCAAAGGGCGAGGAUGUUACAAGAUCAAUUCAGUGUUAGUGUUAAUCACGUCCAUGCUCUUGCUAUCCUCGUCUCCACCUUUCAUUAUUAUAGGAAUCCAUCAGCAAUUGAUCAGCAAACUUUUGCGGAGUACACGGCCCGAACGUCCUUUGAGCGCCCAUUGAUGAGUGGUGUGGCAUAUGCACAAAGAGUGGUCAGUUCAAAUAGAGAAGAAUUUGAGAGGCAACAUGGGUGGACAGUAAGGACAAUGGAGAGGGAGCCUUCACCUGUCCGUGACGAAUAUGCGCCUGUGAUAUUUUCUCAGAAAACUGUCUCCUACAUUGAAUCCCUCGAUAUGAUGUCCGGCGAGGAGGACCGCGAAAACAUUUUGAGAGCUAGGGCUACUGGCAAAGCAGUUCUCACAAGCCCCUUCAGGCUGUUGGGUUCUCAUCAUCUUGGGGUUGUUUUGACAAUCCCUGUUUACAAAUUUAAGCUCCCUCCAAGUCCAUCGGUGGGAGAACGCAUUGAAGCAACUGCAGGAUACCUUGGUGGAGCCUUUGAUGUUGAGUCCCUUGUUGAGAAUUUACUUGGGCAACUUGCUGGGAACCAGGCGAUUGUGGUAAACGUAUAUGAUAUUACUAACUCUUCUGAUCCCUUAAUCAUGUAUGGACACCAAUAUCAUGAUGGAGACAUGUCCCUUGAGCGUGUAAGCAAGCUUGAUUUUGGCGAUCCAGUCCGGAAGCACCAAAUGAUAUGUAGGUAUCUUCAGACGGCACCUACAUCAUGGACAGCAGUCACCACUGCAUUCUUAUUCUUUGUGAUUGGUUUAUUAGUUGGUUAUAUGAUAUAUGGUGCUGCUAUUCACAUUGUCAAAGUUGAGGAUGAUUUCCACGAAAUGCAAGAGCUGAAAGUCCGAGCAGAAGCUGCUGACGUUGCCAAAUCCCAGUUUCUUGCUACCGUUUCUCAUGAAAUUAGAACUCCCAUGAAUGGCAUCCUUGGAAUGCUUGCUCUGCUUCUAGAUACAAAUUUGAGUUCAACCCAAAGGGACUAUGCUCAAACUGCUCAAGCCUGUGGAAAGGCACUAAUAACAUUAAUAAAUGAAGUGCUUGACAGGGCUAAAAUUGAAGCUGGCAAAUUAGAGCUGGAGAUAGUCCCAUUUGACCUUCGCUCUAUACUUGACGAUGUUCUCUCUUUAUUUUCUGAGAAGUCUAGGCACAAGGGCAUCGAGUUGGCUGUAUUUGUUUCUGAUAAAGUUCCUGACAUUGUUAUGGGGGAUCCAGGACGAUUCCGACAGGUUAUCACAAAUCUCGUUGGCAAUUCAGUCAAAUUUACUGAGCGAGGACAUAUAUUUGUUCAAGUCCAUUUAGCUGAAUAUUCAGAUGCUGUAGUGGAUGCAAAAGCGACCUGUCUGAAUAGAGGUACCGAAAAUGUUAUUUUAUCUAGUGGCUGUCAAUUUAACACCUUAAGUGGUUUUGAAGCUGCCGAUGACCGGAACAGUUGGGAUACCUUCAAGCAUUUGAUUUCUGAUGAAGGAUUCCAACUUAAUUCUUCAAAUAAAGUGAUGACCACUAAUGGAACUUCUCAGAAUGUCACUUUGAUGGUAAGUGUAGAAGAUACAGGGAUUGGGAUCCCUUUCCAUGCGCAGGAACGGGUCUUCACACCCUUCAUGCAGGCAGACAGUUCAACCUCUAGAAAUUAUGGUGGAACUGGAAUCGGAUUGAGCAUUAGUAAGUGCUUGGUUGAACUGAUGGGUGGUCAAAUAAACUUUAUAAGCCGUCCUCAAAUUGGAAGCACAUUUUCAUUUACUGCUGUCUUUGGGAAGUGUGAGAAAAAUGCAUUUACUGAUCUGAAAGAACCUCUUUCUGAUGAUCUGCCUCCUGGAUUUAAAGGAUUGAAAGCAAUUUUAGUUGAUAGGAAACCAGUAAGAGCUGCUGUAACCAUAUACCAUCUAAAAAGACUUGGUAUCGUGGUCGAAGUUGUAGGUGGCAACAGGAUGGCAGUUGCAGUGCCUGGAAAAAAUGUUUCCCAGAGGUCUACAAAUGAAAUGCAGCCAGAAAUCAUUCUAGUCGAGAAAGAUUCAUUAAUAUCCAGAGAGAAUGGGAGCUUGAAUUUACAGUUAUCAGAUUGGAAACAGAAUGGCCACAAGUUUAUAUCGCCCAAGAUGAUUCUUCUCGUGACAAACAUUAGUAGUGAUGAGGUUGAAAAGGCAAAAGCAGCAGGAUUUGCAGAUACCAUGAUCAUGAAACCUUUGAGAGCAAGUAUGAUGGCAGCAUGCCUUCAAGAGGUGCUGGGAAUGGGAAAGAAGGCACAACAGGUGAAAAACUUUCUUAAUGGAUCAGAUUUUCUGCGGAGCUUGCUUUGGGGCAAGAAAAUAUUGGUGGUUGAUGAUAACAGGGUGAACCGUAGAGUUGCUGCUGGUGCAUUGAAGAAGUUUGGGGCUGAUGUAGUAUGUGCUGAGAGUGGUAAAGCAGCUCUUGCCCUGCUGCAGUUACCACACAAUUUUGAUGCUUGCUUCAUGGAUAUUCAGAUGCCAGAGAUGGAUGGUUUUGAGGCAACUCGACAGAUUCGGAUGAUGGAGAGCAAGGAAAACAAGCAGCAGAUUAAUGGAGGGUCCAACAUUGAAGGAAUUGCAAAGAAGGCUGAGUGGCACAUGCCAGUAUUAGCCAUGACAGCUGACGUGAUUCAUGCAACAUACGAUGAGUGCCUGAAAUGCGGAAUGGAUGGUUAUGUAUCGAAACCCUUUGAGGAAGAGAAUCUCUACCAGGCAGUUGCCAAGUUCUUCGACUCUAAAGUGUAAAACCCAUCUCCGACUCAUAACAAGAACUCCAGAUUGGAAAUUUUAGUGGCUUGAACAGUACCGGCAAAUUUUGGAUUUCUGCUGGUGUCUUUUACUUAGUACGACGUAUUCAGGUAAGUUAAGGCAUUUGGUUUCCUUGAAUUUUGAAGCUCGUUGACCAGCAAGAACACUGGCUCGGACAGUCAUUCCUAACCAACUUCAAUUUAAACUUGCAUUUCCUACAUGUUGUAUACCACUACAGAACCAUCCAUCCCCACUUGUAUCUAUAGAGUUAGCUUUAGGAGGGGAGGGAGCCAAAAAAUGUGUAUAAUCUGAUGUUGUUAUACCUUGAAUCCUUGAUGUAAUUUAUUUCUUGUACAAGACUUUCCCACUAAAGGCAGUGAAACUUUGAUUCAGCUGCUAGUUUGAUAUU